GCCCCGCCACGUGACCGCGCGCGGUGUCACGUGAUGUUUGGAGCUGCUUCCGGGUCGAUGCGGGACGCGGCGGCCGGGCCUGGAAGUCCAAGAAGGGAGCAUGGACCAGCCCAGUGGAAGGAGUUUCAUGCAAGUUCUGUGUGAAAAAUACAGCCCUGAGAACUUCCCCUACCGCCGUGGGCCUGGCAUGGGGGUGCAUGUCCCAGCAACUCCACAGGGCUCACCUAUGAAAGACCGCCUGAACCUGCCCAGUGUGCUGGUGCUCAACAGCUGUGGCAUCACCUGUGCCGGGGACGAGAACGAGAUCGCCGCCUUCUGCGCCCACGUCUUUGAGCUCGACCUCUCUGACAACAAACUGGAAGACUGGCAUGAGGUCAGUAAAAUUGUGUCCAACGUCCCCCACUUGGAGUUUCUAAACCUGAGUUCCAACCCUCUCAGUUUGUCCGUUUUAGAGAGAAGUUGCGCUGGGUCUUUCGCUGGCGUCCGCAAACUUGUGCUCAACAACAGCAAAGCUUCCUGGGAAACAGUGCACACCAUCCUGCAGGAAUUACCUGACUUGGAGGAGCUCUUCCUGUGCCUUAAUGACUACGAAACAGUGUCUUGUUCUCCAGUGUGCUGUCAGUCUCUCAAGCUACUCCACAUAACUGACAAUAAUCUUCAAGACUGGACUGAAAUUCGAAAGUUGGGAAUUAUGUUUCCAUCACUGGACACGCUUAUCCUGGCUAACAACAACCUCACAACCAUUGAAGAGUCAGAAGAUUCCCUGGCAAGGCUCUUCCCCAACCUAAGAUCCAUCAACUUGCACAAGUCAGGUCUGCAUUGCUGGGAAGACAUUGACAAGUUAAAUUCUUUCCCCAAGCUUGAGGAAGUGAAAUUGCUGGGAAUUCCUCUGCUGCAGUCUUACACCACCGAGGAACGCAGGAAGCUGCUAAUAGCCAGGUUGCCAUGCAUCACCAAGCUCAACGGCAGCAUCGUGGCCGACGGGGAGCGGGAGGACUCAGAGCGGUUCUUCAUCCGCUAUUACAUGGAGUUCCCCGAGGAGGAGGUGCCUUUCAGGUAUCACGAGCUGGUGACCAAGUACGGGAAGCUGGAGCCCUUGGCCGUGGUGGAUCUGCGGCCCCAGAGCAGCGCCAAGGUGGAGGUUCACUUCCAGGACAAGGUGGAGGAGAUGUCCAUCCGCCUCGACCAGACUGUGGCAGAGCUGAAGAAGCACUUAAAAACUGUGGUGCAGCUGUCAACAAGCAACAUGCUGCUCUUCUACUUGGACCAGGAAGCUCCUUUUGGUCCCGAGGAGAUGAAAUACAGCUCGCGGGCGCUGCACUCCUACGGCAUCCGGGAUGGAGAUAAAAUUUACGUGGAGCCCAGAAUGAAAUAGCCUUUUUGCCCACACCCACACGCCCCCACACACCCACACACAUGCAUUGGGGAGUUUUUUGCAAGGUUUUUGUUUCGGUUGGUUGGUUGGUUGAGGUUUGGUUGUGUUUCUGUAGCAGGUGAUUUCUUAGCCCGGAGGAAGUGCCCUGAUCUGAGAACCAUGCCCACCAUCCACUGCAGGUGACCUUGAGGUGACAACUGACUUCAGGACGUGUGUUUCAGUGUGGGCAAUACCUUGAUGUUUCCUUUGAUGCUCCGGUAUACUCGUGAUUUGGCAUGAAUGGUCACUUGUUCAAGCUAAACAAUGCCAGGGUCCAUAAGGGAGGAGACAGCUCGGUGCAGAAUUUGACCUGUUGUUUUCUUUCCCUAAAUUUUUUGGUGUUUUGCUCCACCAGAGCUCCCUUUGGCCUAGCUAUCCAACUGUGGCUCGAGCUUGCUGUAGUAUUUUCUUGCAGCUUGGUGCUGUCUCAACCUUUUGUUGUGCUCGAGUUCACAGGAAAGAUCUCCAUCAGUAUUCUGCUUGAUUCAGAGCUCAGGUACUUUAGUGCAUCCACUUCACUCCACUGGUUUUCUUUCUGUGAGUGCACAAAAUGGGGGAAAAGAAAAAGAACUUCCCAGAAAGAAACUUUCUUUUCAAAGUGCACGCUCUAUAUCCACCUGAUUUUGGGGGAGAAAAAAGAGUUUUUGGUUGCUGUACCCAUCUCACGUGGUGCCUGCAGCCUGUGGGGAUAAAGGGUGUGUUGGAAAGUGAAUUUUGGGAGGUGGUGGAUGAGUGCUGCCUUGGAAGGGCUUUCAGAACAAUAGGUCAACAAGGGGUUAAAGAGCAGCUUCCCCCUUUGACCACUGUCCAUCCUGAUGGUGAAGAGAUCUCUGUGCACUUCACCGUGUACCAGUGGGUGCUGCAAGUGGAAUGGCUAAAAUUCCUCUCCUGGGAGAGAGGAAGAGUCAAGUUGAAGUUUGUGUUUGUUGCUGUUGCACCAGUUCAAACCUAGCACUUUCCCCGGGGCCCCCGGCCGGGGGUCCCUGCGUAGGCUCCGAACUCGGAGGAUGUGUUGGCUCGGAUCAGCCUCUGGAAGUGGAGGAACAGAGCAGCUGGACUCACCUUGGCUGUUCAGCAGGUUUCACUCUCUCUUGGCUUCCCCCACGCCCCCCGUAGGCAUCGCGUGCUGCUGCUUCACGUAGUCCCUGUUUUCUACUGCAGAGCAGAUUCCCCUGCCUGCUCACUGAAUCCUCCUUCCUUUCUCUUGGUUCGCUUUCUUGUGUCUUCCCUGCUCCAAGUUCAAGACUUUCCCAAUUUCCUGGUUCCAAGCAGCUGCCCAGCAGUUUUUGGAGCUGUGCAGCGAGGGCUCUAGUUACACAUGAACUCCUGACCUUCAUUUUGAAACGCUCCCUUUGUCCCCACGUGCACUUUUCUUCCCCAGGAUGCUUUUGCCCACAUCACCGAGCUCCUUUGGUAUUCUUGGAGUUGUGUAUUUCUCUUCACAUUUUACCUGGAUUGUGGGGUGGGAUCAUUGGGGAGGGGAUGAAGUAUUAUUAUCUCAUAGUCUUCAGGUUUAGGAUGUGGGGAUUGUUCAGAGGGGAUUAGUUCCUUAUCCAAAGCGAGGGUUCAAACGGGAGGAUUUAAAACAAGUCACUAAUUUGUGCCUCAUCCCCCUGCCAAAAAACAGCAAUUUCUUGGCCCUGUUGAGAUGAGCAAUAGGGAAGGGAGCAAGAUUUUCCAUAGGUAGCAUAGAUUUUCCAGAGAUCCAUGGUACCUGUAAACUAAACAGCAGGGAGAUAGUGGCAGUGUAACAUAAAAUGAUGCUUUUAUAAGCUAGAGCUUUACUGAAGAUGUAUUUUCCACUGGGGCAGCAAAAAUAAUUUGCUGCCCCAUAGCAGAACCCUUAAGCCAACACUUCUGUAUGAUAUAUACAUACCUACCAAUAGGAAAAGUUGUGGUUAAUAAGAUAUUUUGUUAUAAAGCAAAGUUUUAUGAAGAUAUGGUUGUUUAAUAUUAGAAGCCUAUUUCAGCCCUUGACCUCCAGUCUAAGUAGUUUAUCCCUGAGUGGCUGCAGGGUCUGAGGCAAGCGACCUGUGGGGAUGCAAAAGUAUCUCUGAGCUGAUUCUCCAGAGCAGUAGUUACCUCUGUGGGUGUAUUUAUGGCAUUGUACCUGCUAUUAAUGAGAUGCUGUAACUCUUGACCAACUUCCUCAGCACAAUUAAGUGUCUGGCUCUCAGAGAAGGGAAUAAACAAAGGCCAUUAAAGAGUGGAAGGGAUGAUAAAGAAGAGCCAAGUAUCUGCUUUUAAGUUUGUUUGCCCACUAAAAAUUGGACUGUCCAUGGAGGGACCAGUGCUGUCAUCAGCUCAGAACUGGCAGUAAAUCCUGAUUUUAUUUGUGACAGACCUGGUGGGAACUGGAAGAUGGAAAAAGAGACCACAGAAGGUUAACAGGUGCUGGGGAAUUGGUGCUGACACCCAAACCUGCUCCCCUGGUCUGUGAUGGUGAUUUCAUACCCACCCUGCCACUGCUCCAGGGAAGGUUUUUCUCAAGGCAUUCACCUUGUGUGCAGAUGGUGGAGCAGUCAUGGAUAGAAACCAAGAAUCUUGGUUGGCUUCCCAAGGAGAAGGACUCACCCCAAGACCCAGAGAGAGUUACUGUGUGCAGAUGAUCAGCUGUGGGAAGUGAGAACAAAAUGGCACACAAGGAUGUGGCAAAAUACCCCAAAUCAUGGGACCUUGUGGGGAAGGGUCUUGUGUGUGUGCCACCCAACAGGGGACCCUGUUCUGGGGAGAGAGGAGAAGGUUCUGAGUGGGACAGGAGGUUUGGCAAGAGGUUUGAUUUACACCUCUGCUGUGUCAGGAGGGGCCAUGUCCAGGCAUUGCCAGCAUGUGCCCACUUCAGCUGAAUGUCCCUGGGUCUGUCACAUCCCCUAGAGAAAACAGAACAGAUUUGCAAGCUUGCCUGGUUUGUGUGUCCUUCCAUCCAAGGGCUGCUUUUGUCGAGAGCUGUUGUGUUGUUCCUGUUCAUGCAUAAUAGUCAGGCACAGGCAGCCUGCACAGCGGGCACAGCACCUGCCCCACGAGGACUUGGGUGACAGCUGUGUACCAAAGUGUCACCCAGCUCUGUGCCCAGCUCAGUGCUGUGCUGUUGUGCUGUUGGAUGUGUUCCUGUUGGAUAUCCGUGGGUUUGGCCAGAUGUUCCGGGCGGAUCGCGUGUCGGGCGCUGUUAUGAAUAUGCACACGGAGUGCUGGCUGUCCUCUGCUCCCUGGCUGGGAUUUGUAAGCUGGUUUUUUGGGAGCUGCAGGCAUGCUGGUAGCAGGUGUGACCCGUGGUGGCUUGGAGGGAGUGCUGCUGGGGACAGGCUCUCCCUGUGCCUGUGCUCCUCGGGUCUGGAACCCGCAGCAGCUCUGCCCCCUCGCCUGUUGGUGAGAUUCUGUAGGUUCUGCUCGUGUGCAGCAUUUGGGAAUGCAAACGAGGUGCUUAAAGCAGCCCAGAGGCUGAAAUAUUCCUGGCAGCUGUGCCUCCCUCGUUUGGAUGUGGCACUUUUGUAGGCAGCAGAGAGAUGCCUUCCCCAGAGCGACGUUAGAGGGGCUUCAGCCGUCUCGGGCCUUUGCCUCUGUGAUUGCUUUUCUGCAGCUCCUGAAAACUUCAAACAUGAUUUAAACACAAAGUCUAUUCUUGCUCCCUGUUAAUGUUGCAUCCAUAUGUAAUUUCAGAGAAGAAGAGCUGUAAGUCCAUCUGGUUUUGUAUUCUGGUUUCUCUCCCCAGGGAUACACCUCCCACUCCCACGAUUUGCCUUUGGUUUGCUCGCAGACUUAGCGGUGGAAUUCAGGCCAAAAUAGGUCAUUGGUUUGGAUCAGUUCAAUAAACUUAUGUAAGUUUUUACACAAAA